AAUUAGCACUCUUCCCCCAGGCUAUAGAAUUUAGCCUAUUUUUUUCCUGCAGCACUCUUUUUUUGUGUAGCUACCCCUAGGGCUUGGGGUGGGGGGCAUUACUGCUCCUCCCUCCUCUUCCCAACCCCCUCUGCACCCAAGGGAGCCAGAAUCCCACACAAUAGGAACUUUAACACAAUAAGUGAAAAGAAAAAGGGGGGAGAGUUUGCAAGAGGGAUCAGCAGCAGGUAUCAGCGAGAGGAGCCCAAACUGCUCAGCCUCAGCACACAAUCUGCACACUUGGAGGGGCUUUAUUUUGGGGAGGGGGGUUGUUUGAAAGUCAAGAGGGGGCAGUUUCAAGGAGCUGUGGAGAUGUCCAGGAGGAAACAGGCCAAGCCACGCUCGGUGAAAGUGGAAGAUUCUGAAGACUUUGGCCUGAACUGGGAGUCUGCCGUGAGCCAGACAGGUGGCCUGGGAAGGGAGGCAGAGAGAGAGGGACGAGGUUUGGAAGACGGUAACAGUGUGACCAGCCAGGAAGAGAGGAUUGAGGAAGAGGAGCUGGAGGACGAGUCAAUUUACACCUGCGAUAACUGCCAGCAGGAUUUUGAUUCUUUGGCCGAGCUGACAGAGCACCGGACCCAGCAAUGCCUCGGAGAUGGUGAUGACGACCCACAAUUCUCCUGGGUGGCUUCAUCUCCCUCCAGCAAAGACGUUGCAUCACCCACUCAGAUGAUAGGAGAUGGGUGUGAUCUCGGCUUAGGAGAAGAGGAAGGGGGAUCUGGGUUACCGUAUCCCUGCCAGUUCUGCGAUAAGUCUUUUAGUCGCCUAAGCUACUUGAAAAGACACGAACAGAUCCACAGUGACAAACUACCUUUCAAGUGCACCUACUGUAGUCGUCUGUUUAAACACAAGCGAAGCAGAGAUCGUCACAUAAAGCUUCAUACUGGGGACAAAAAGUAUCACUGCCAUGAGUGUGAGGCUGCCUUCUCUCGAAGCGACCACCUGAAAAUUCAUCUAAAAACCCACAGUUCCAGCAAGCCGUUUAAAUGCACAGUGUGCAAGCGGGGGUUUUCUUCUACUAGCUCACUGCAAAGUCACAUGCAAGCCCACAAAAAGAACAAGGAACACCUGGCCAAGUCGGACAAAGACAUGAAGAAAGAUGAUUUUAUGUGUGAUUAUUGCGAGGAGACCUUUAACCAGACAGAUGAACUAGAGAAGCAUGUGAUGACCCGACACCCUCAGCUCUCCGAAAAGGCUGACCUGCAGUGUAUUCAUUGCCCUGAAGUAUUUGCAGAUGAAAAUUCUCUGCUAGCUCACAUUGACCAAGUCCAUGCCAACAAGAAACACAAGUGCCCGAUGUGCCCAGAGCAGUUUUCAUCGGUGGAAGAGGUUUAUUGUCACCUAGAUAGCCAUCGACAACCUGACUCAAGUAACCACAGCAUUAGCCCGGAUCCUGUCUUGGGUAGUGUAGCCUCUAUGAGCAGUGCCACACCUGACUCAAGUGCGUCGGUGGAACGGGGCUCCACUCCAGAUUCAACACUCAAGCCGUUAAGAGGACAUAAGAAAACCGGAUCACUGGAAAGGGAAGAUGGCCAAAGCUGGCCCAAAAUUGCAUACAGUUGCCCUUACUGCUCAAAACGAGACUUCAACAGCUUGGCGGUUUUGGAAAUCCAUUUAAAGACGAUUCAUGUAGACAAGCCACAGCAGAACCACACAUGUCAAAUAUGUCUGGAUUCCUUGCCCACCCUGUACAAUCUUAAUGAGCAUGUAAGGAAAGUACACAAAAAUCAUGCGUACCCUAUGGUGCAAUUCAGCAACAUAACUGCCUUUCACUGCAACUACUGCCCUGAGAUGUUUGCAGACAUAAACAGCCUCCAGGAGCACAUUCGCAUCUCUCACUGUGGCUCUAAUUCCACUCCUCAGGAAGGUAACAAUGCAUUCUUCUGUAACCAGUGUUCAAUGGGAUUUCUGACAGAGUCCUCCUUGACAGAGCAUAUACAGCAAACUCAUUGCAAUGUUGGAAGCUCAAAACUAGAAUCUCCUGUCAUUCAGCCAACACAGUCGUUCAUGGAAGUAUACUCUUGCCCAUAUUGUACAAACUCCCCCAUAUUUGGCUCUAUACUGAAGCUCACAAAGCACAUUAAAGAAAACCACAAGAACAUUCCAUUGGCAAACAAUAAGAAGUCGAAAUCUGAACAGAGUCCGGUUUCCUCAGAUGUUGAAGUUUCUUCUCCUAAGAGGCAACGGUUGUGUCCUAGCCUAAACUCUGUGUCCAAUGGAGAGUAUCCCUGUAAUCAGUGUGACCUGAAAUUCUCCAACUUUGACACAUUUCAAACACAUUUGAAGUCUCACUUGGAGCUGCUCUUAAGAAAACAGUCUUGCCCUCAGUGCAAAGAGGAUUUUGAUUCUCAAGAGUCUCUCCUGCAACAUCUUACAGUACACUACAUGACGACCUCCACACAUUAUGUGUGCGAGAGCUGCGACAAACAGUUUUCUUCAGUAGAUGAUCUGCAGAAGCACUUACUGGACAUGCAUACUUUCGUGUUAUAUCAUUGCACUUUGUGCCAAGAGGUCUUCGAUUCUAAGGUUUCCAUCCAAGUGCAUCUGGCAGUAAAGCACAGCAAUGAGAAGAAAAUGUAUCGAUGCACAGCGUGUAACUGGGACUUCAGAAAAGAGGUAGACCUUCAACUGCAUGUCAAACACAGUCAUUUGGGCAACCCAUCAAAGUCGCACAAAUGUAUCUUUUGUGGGGAGACAUUCAGUACAGAGGUGGAGCUGCAGUGCCACAUCACAACUCACAGCAAGAAAUACAACUGCAAAUUCUGCAGCAAAGCCUUCCACGCGAUCAUUCUGCUGGAGAAGCACUUGCGGGAGAAGCACUGUGUGUUUGAUACAAGCAGUCAAAAUGGCACAGCCAAUGGAAUGGCGCCCGCCAGCAAGAAAUCGGAGACAACCGAAGUUCCAAGUGUGUUAAUGAAGAAUCCUGAUGUUUCCAACAGUCAUGAGGCCAGUGAAGAUGAUGUUGAUGCUUCUGAGCCAAUGUACGGUUGUGACAUCUGUGGGGCAGCUUACACCAUGGAGAUUCUCUUGCAGAACCAUCGCUUGAGAGAUCACAACAUACGGCCAGGGGAGGAUGAUGGCUCUAGAAAAAAAGCAGAGUUCAUCAAGGGCAGUCACAAGUGCAACAUCUGUUCAAGAACUUUCUUCUCAGAGAAUGGACUCAGAGAACACAUGCAGACACAUAGAGGCCCUGCAAAACACUACAUGUGUCCCAUUUGUGGAGAACGAUUCCCAUCCCUCUUGACGUUAACUGAGCAUAAGGUUACCCACAGCAAAAGCUUGGACACUGGAACGUGCAGGAUCUGCAAGAUGCCACUUCAGAGUGAAGAAGAAUUUAUUGAGCACUGUCAGAUGCAUCCAGACCUUAGAAAUUCCCUUACUGGUUUUCGCUGUGUUGUAUGCAUGCAGACUGUCACUUCCACCCUGGAGCUUAAAAUCCAUGGGACAUUUCAUAUGCAGAAGCUGGCAGGGAGCUCUGCAGCCUCUUCCCCUAAUGGACAGACCUUACAGAAGAUGUACAAGUGUGCGCUGUGCUUAAAAGAAUUCAGGAAUAAGCAAGACCUUGUAAAGUUAGAUGUUAAUGGCUUGCCUUAUGGCCUGUGUGCUGGAUGUUUGAGCAGAUCAACUAACGGACAACCUUUAAACCCAGGCCCUCAAGAGAUGUGCGAGCGGCUAUGUACCGGCCUUCGAUGCCCUGAGUGCAGUGUCAAGUUUGAAAGUGCUGAAGAUCUAGAAAGUCAUAUCCAGAUGGACCACAGAGACUUGGCUCAUGAUGCUAGCGGCCAAAGGAAGGUGUCCCAAACAUCUCCAGUCCCCAGGAAAAAGACUUACCAGUGCAUUAAAUGCCAGAUGACCUUCGAGAAUGAAAGAGAAAUUCAAAUUCAUGUUGCCAACCAUAUGAUUGAGGAAGGAAUCAAUCAUGAGUGUAAACUGUGCAACCAGAUGUUUGACUCUCCUGCCAAGCUCCUGUGUCACCUGAUCGAGCACAGCUUCGAAGGGAUGGGAGGGACGUUCAAAUGUCCAGUUUGUUUUACAGUUUUUGUACAGGCCAACAAGCUACAGCAGCACAUCUUUGCCGUACAUGGACAAGAAGAUAAAAUCUAUGACUGUUCUCAAUGCCCGCAGAAGUUCUUCUUUCAAACAGAGCUUCAGAACCACACGUUGAGCCAGCACGCACAGUGAGCCGGUGGCACUGUAGGACUUCUCUCUGCAGAAGACUUGACGGAGGCACAGUGGGGAGGACCAUUUGAACAUUACAUCCAAUCAAAGUGUCAUUUGCAACCCAGAUGUAAAACUCUAAUGAUUUGGCCAUGAGGCGCUGCUAUUAUAAGCAGCUGGAAAUGAAUAUUAAUGGAAGAGAUUAAAAGUAUUCCAUGCUCAGUAUUUUUAUUGUCCUGCUUCUUACUAGUGUAUUUUAGCGCUUCUGACUGAAUUUAUAGUGUUAGAAUAAUCAGUUCCAAUGAUGUUGUCUUUUAUUGCUUCUUGUAUUAUAUUGAUAGUUAAAAGCUUGGAGUGUUUUAUUUUUUAUUUUUGCCAUCAUUUAAUUGCUAUAUUUUUUUUUUAGCUGUGUGUUUUUGUGAUGUGAUGGAUCGGCAGCUGUCUAUUCCAUUUUAAUAUUUGUUUUUGUUUCUUGUUUUUUUUUCUACAUAAGAAACUUAAUGCUUUGAUUGGAUUUGUCAGUUGACAGAGGAACUAAAAUCAGCAAAUGGAUGGUCUGCUUUUUAAAUGUGACAUUAUCUGAUUUAUAAUAACUAAGUACAGUUCAAUAAAGGGAAAUAAGAACAA